AGGAAUAUCUGAACUGUGCUUUACAAACCAGCCGUCAUGAUCUGACUUUCAUGGUGCUCGGGAAGCUACACUUAAUGGAGGGAAAUACCCAAAAUGCAAUUGAAACAUAUAAGAAGGCAGUGGAGUUUUCUCCUGAAAAUGCUGAGCUUCUGACUACAUUGGGAUUACUAUACCUGCAGCUUGGAAUGUAUCAGAAAGCCUUUGAACAUCUAGGAAAUGCACUUACCUACAACCCCAAUAAUUACAAGGCCAUCCUGGCUGCAGGCAGUAUGAUGCAGACUCACAGUGACUUUGAUGUUGCCCUGAGUAAGUACAGAAUAGCAGCGCAUGCCGUCCCAGAAAGCCCGCCCCUGUGGAACAACAUUGGAAUGUGUUUCUUUGGCAAGAAGAAAUACGUGGCAGCUAUCAGUUGCUUGAAGCGAGCCAACUACCUGGCUCCCUUUGAUUGGAAAAUUCUCUAUAACCUGGGCUUGGUGCACCUGACAAUGCAGCAAUAUGCGUCAGCAUUCCACUUCCUGAGUGCUGCCAUCAACAUGCAGCCGAGAAUGGGCGAGUUGUACAUGUUGCUGGCUGUGACGUUAACAAACCUGGCAGAUCCUGACAAUGCAAAGAGAGCCUACAACCAAGCAGUGAGUUUGGAGCAGUCAAACCCGCUGGUGAAUUUAAACUAUUCCAUUUUACUGUACAAUCAAGGGGACAAAAAGGGAGCCCUUCACCAAUAUCAGGAAAUGGAGAAGAAGGUCAAUAAACUGAAAGCCAGUAAUAACAUGCCGGAAUUUGAUCCAGAGCUGGUAGACAUGGCUCAGAAGAUUGGAGCUGCUCUUCAGGUUGGGGAGAAUCUGGUCUGGACAAAACCAGCAAAGGAUUCUAAAUCAAGAGAACAUCCAGCAUCAUCCUGUAAAUCUACCACCAACCAACAACCCCUUGGCUCCAACCAGGCUCUAGGCCAGGCUAUGUCAUCAGCUGCAGGUUAUAGCAAAACAAUGCAGCUCUCUGCAGGUGGAUGCUCGAUCCGAACACAGAAACUUCCAUCGUUACCCUUGGAACCAGAGUCAGCUGCAGAUUCGGGCACUGAUGACCUGAGCAAAAAGUGAGAGCUGAGAUAGAGAGACAAGGCUUAGGUUAUUGCUGGCCAAAUCCCUAAAGUUACUAAAGUCAAUAAAAUACCCAUUGCCACUCUUAAACCCAGCUGUCUGAUGGAUGCAGUCUGUGAGAGUGUGUGAGGUCAUUGGAAAGAAUUGUCUGCUGGAGUCUGUCAAUGUCCAGACCAUCAACAGCGUUGGUUUUUAAAACAAGAACACGUGCUGGAACUCUUUAUCAAAUCCUGUAUGACAUGUAUUUUUUAUUAAGAAAGAUUGGUUUCAGUUGGGACAACCCAUGGAGGACCUUUUGCAGAUGGACCAAGCUGGAACAGAAACCAUGAGUUUGGUCUGACUGGGGAAGGGUUGCCUAGGCUGUUGUCCUGAACUCUCAGAACCCCUAAACCCAAUCUUUGUUGUACCUCUCUGCCUCUUCAGUUACUGUUUUAACAAAGAGAAGCAGUCUGUGUAAUAUUCGGAUUGUUCAUGUGAAUUUAAGGUUUUUCCUCCUAUAGAUAGCCCUCCAGCUACAGAAUAUUGCAGGGUUUGAUAAAAGCAAACUAUUGCCAGUUUCUGGAGUUUUCCUCAUUGGCCGCAAACAUACUGUAAAUACAAUGGCUUACUGGAGUGUGACUAAUAGAGGAAUUCAGAUUGUUAGUGCUGAGUUAGCUGAUCUCAGCUAGGAUUGGUGCAGGAUUCUGCAUUUUGUUCCGUUUCAAGGGGGAAUGGACAAAGCAGUUUGGCUGUGUAGUAUUCACUGGAAAUGACAUCAUUCGCAGAAAAAUAUGUGGACAUUUGCUAUUUGGGCUCACACAAGAUGGAUGACUACUGGACAAGUAUUCAGAGUGUCACCCUAUAAAGGAGCUGCAAGGAGGAAUUGGGAGUAGAAAAUGCCUGAGGGCAGGUAAAGUGAGGAAGCAAUAUGUUCAUGAAGGCAUCGUAGCUUUUCUCUUUCAGAUAUUUAAUAUUGCCAGAGAAAGGGCGUUUUUUUUUAUACUUUUGCUCUUGCACUCAUCAAGACUAUUCACUACAAAUACCAAAGUAAAGGGAAAGCAGUAUUUAUGUUGUAUGAUAGUGGAAUAGUGAUUGGCUGACAAGUAGACUGUGGUUGAUAAAGGUGUUGCCAUGCAGAACACACCAGUUAAUAAUGCUGACAGUGAACUGUCAAACUUUGUUUACGUUUUAAACCAGACAGAUUGACUCUGGUCAGCAUUGCUCUGAGAAAUGAACCAGAGAAUGAUUGUCACCUAUUUUUUUGAGACGAAACAGGUGCAGUGUAUACGUUCUUUAUGCUUGCAAAGACCAGGGCCCUGUGUAUUAACGUACAUAGCUCUCAAUAUGUGCCAGUGUACUACAUUGCAAGCCCAACUGACAUUCCUAAACUGGUUGUCGAGCAAAUUCUUUGCACAGUCAGAAUUAUUUAGCAAUUGUUGUCCGAUUUGCAGAAUCGCGUAUAAUGUUGAAUGCUAAGAAUAUUGCUAGUGCAUGUUGGUUCGGUAAAGUCCAAGUCAUGAUUAACUGGUGUAGAUAAUUUCUAAUAUGGACAGGUGAUGGCCUAGUGGUAUUAUCGCUGGACUGUUAAUCCAGAGAUCCAGAUAAUGUUCUGGGGACUCAGGUUCAAAUCCUGCCACAGCAGAUGGUGGAAUUUGCAUUCAAUAAAAAUAUCUGGAAUUAAGAAUCUAAUGAUGACUAUGAAUCCAUUGUCGAUUGUUGGAAAAACCCAUCUGGUUCACUAAUGUCCUGCCAUCCUGGUCUGGCCUGCAUCCAGACCCACGACAAUGUGCUUGACUCUUAACUGCCCUCUGGGCAAUUAGGGAUAGGCAACAAAUGCUGCCUAGCUGCUGACGUCCUCAACCCGUGAAUGAAUAAGAAAAAAAUUAACCUGUUCAGAAAUUGCAUUACAUAUUUCUCAGGUAGGUGGUACUUUAAUCUGGACCUCUUGGCUCAGAAGAAAGGACUUUCAUUAGCUGGUGUAUUCUCCACAACAAUAUCUCUAUCAAGCAGGGUCUACUUGUGAACAAUAUCACACUCCCCUUUCACAGUAUGAAUGUUUUUGUUCCUUGGAUGCGAAUUGUCUUGUCAAAUGUAAGCUGAGAAGCUUUGGCAAAACAUUUUCAGCAAGACUACCAAUCAACUGUAAAAUUUUGGUUGACUAGCUGUGUAGUUGUUUAGCAUAUUGACACAUUUCGUAAACUAGUUCAUUGAAUGUAGCAGAGGCAAAAAGUUCUGAUGUUUAUAAACCAUAAAAACACCUCCAUAAACUGAAGUACAUUUGUACAAAGACUGCAUUAUUCACUCACAGAUACAAGUUUCCAUUGCCUACACAGAGAUUACUAUUGUAUGGACUGUGGAUAAAGGGUCAGUUAUGGCACAAUGUAUAAUGUGAUUGCUUCCAUUGUACUUGUAAAACUUUAAUUUUCACUGCAAUAAAAGUGAUUGUAGGGGAAGUUGUCAUUAUCUCUAGGCAGCUGUGCAAAGGUGACAUGUACUUUAAGUAGAAUUAGACAAUGCUACAGUAGGAGGCUGUUUGGCCAAGUUUGUGAAAGAGAUGCCACUUGGUCUGUACUGUAACCUUUUCAUUUAUCUAUUUCCCUUAGAAACUAUUAUGAAUCAUGUGUCCUUGAGAAGCAGCUGUACUGGGAGAAAAAUACCUAACAUCCACUUCAUUCUCUUCAUUUAUUUGAAUCGCUUGCGAUAAAUCACUGGAAGUAACUUUUUCCAAAUGACUUCUUCAAACUAUCUCCUCCACUUAUGUAAGAUUUCUCCUAAACUUAUUGGAACAAGCACAAGAUUUACAAACCUCAUUCAUGGUUCAUGUCCUCUGCAUCUUAGGUUGUCCAACAAUCUUCUGCUGAAGUUCAAACUUGCCAUACUGGUUUGAGAUAUCAUUUACAAUUUUAUUUUUGUGAAGUGUGCUGGGUAGAAAAAGUUUUGAGGCCCUGUCUGAUCAUUUGUAAUCUAAUGUUUUGUAAUGUCAGACAAUUUGUUUUCAAAGAAUGAAAUGAUUACUAGACAUUCCUGAAAUGUUAUAAUGUAUAUAUUUCUUCAUAAAGCUUGACUAAAAUCAAAAA